AUGGUUAGAAAACAAGCCUUGAACAGUUCUAGACCUGGAAGGCCUCCUAAGAGGACUCAAAGUGUCACCUCCCCAGAGAAUUCUCAUAUCAUGCCACAUUCUGUCCCAGGCCUAAUGUCUCCUGGAAUCAUCCCGCCAACAGCUGCCACCAACGCCGCCAUAGCAGAAGCAAUGAAAGUGAAAAAAAUUAAAUUGGAAGCUAUGUCCAACUAUCAUGCAAAUAAUAACCAGCAUGGAGCAGACUCUGAAAAUGGAGAUCUGAAUUCAAGUGUUGGCAGCAGUGAUGGUUCUUGGGAUAAAGAAAAACUUCAGUCUCCCCCCACCCAAGGAUCACAGGCCUCUGUUAACCACCCCAACUUGCCUGGACAGCAUAAUGUUCCAGUUAGCCAUCCUCUCAACCCUCUUCAACAGAACCACCUUCUGCCAAAUGGAUUGGAACUUCCUUUUAUGAUGAUGCCCCACCCCUUAAUUCCUGUGAGCCUACCUCCAGCAUCUGUCACGAUGGCAAUGAGCCAGAUGAAUCACCUUAGCACCAUCGCCAACAUGGCGGCAGCAGCACAAGUGCAGAGUCCUCCAUCCAGAGUUGAGACAUCUGUUAUUAAGGAACGUGUUCCAGACAGUCCUUCUCCUGCUCCUUCUCUUGAAGAGGGCCGAAGACCUGGCAGCCAUCCAUCCUCUCAUCGAAGCAGCAGUGUGUCCAGCUCUCCUGCACGGACCGAGAGUUCUUCAGACAGAAUCCAUGAGACCCCGCUCUCCACACCAACCGCAAGAGACAGCCUUGACAAACUUUCUCUAACUGGGCAUGGGCAACCACUACCUCCGGGUUUUCCAUCUCCUUUUCUAUUCCCUGAUGGAUUGUCCUCCAUAGAGACCCUUCUGACUAACAUCCAGGGUCUACUAAAGGUUGCUAUAGACAAUGCCAGAGCUCAAGAGAAACAGGUCCAACUGGAAAAGACAGAGCUGAAGAUGGAGCUCUUCAGGGAACGAGAACUGAGGGAAACACUUGAAAAACAGUUGGCUGUGGAGCAGAAGAACAGAGCAAUAAUUCAGAAAAGGCUAAAGAAGGAAAAGAAGGCAAAGAGGAAAUUACAGGAAGCACUUGAAUUUGAGACUAAACGACGGGAGCAAGCAGAACAGACACUGAAACAGGCAGCUUCAACAGAUAGUCUCAGGGUCCUAAAUGACUCUCUGACCCCAGAGAUAGAAGCUGACCGCAGCGGGGGCAGAACAGAUGCUGAAAGGACAAUACAAGAUGGAAGACUUUAUUUGAAAACUACUGUCAUGUAUUGAAUUUUUCCUGCUGAAGAUACCUGUGCUACGGUAAAGAACUUUGCAGUAAGACAUUGGCUCAUAAGGAGUUCUGUGGAAACAAAGCGUUUUCAAGGCGACUUCCUCAACUUCAUUUAUCAAUGUUCUUCAAAAAUGUAAAGAAUUCUGCAAGAGUGUCCUCCUUUGGUUGUCUCCUGUGGCUCGACCCGGAGACCUAGAGAAUGUUUGUAAAUGUACAGUAGCACUCUUCUUACAGUGAAAAUCUGCAUCUCUGCGCCAGACUAUUGUAUCCAAAAUUACAGGCGGGUCAGAACAAGGCUGAGUAUUCCCUUUUUCAAGGAAUGCAGACUCUGUCCUCCUCUGAUGAUUCUAUAUUUGAGCACAUCAAAUGAUCCUUCCAGCGGUGUCCAAGUACACUUACAGACUGUUAUAUCAUACCGAAACCAGCAAGACAGCUCAGAAAUGAACUUCUAGAGGGCAUAAGAGGAUUCUUAUUAAAAAAAAAAAAGGAAAAAAA